GACAACGGUAACAACAGUGACAACACCGACAACUCUGACAACAGUAACACCACUGACAACAGUGACAACGGUGACAUCAGUGACAACACUGACAACGGUGACAGCAGUGACAACAGUGACAACAGUGACAACAGUGACAACAGUAAUAACAGUGACAACAGUGACAACGGUGACCACAGUGAAAACGGUGACAACAGUUUCAACAGUGAAGACGGAAAAAACAGUGACAACAGUGACAACGUUGACAACAGUGACAACAGUGACCACACCGACAACACUAACAACGGUGACAACAGUGACAAUGGUGCCAACAGUGACAACAGUGACAACAGUGACAACGGUGACAACGGUGAGAACAGUGACAACAGUGACAAUGGUGACAACGGUGACAACAUUGACAACGGUGACAACGGUAACAACAGUGACAACAGUGACGAAGAUAACAAUGGUGACAAAACGGACAACUUUGACAACGGUGACAACGGUGACAAUGGAAAAAACAGUGACAACAGUAAAAACGUUGCCAACAGUCACAACAGUCCCAACACCGACAACACCGACAACACUAACAACGGUGACAAAGUUGACAAUAGUGAAAACAGUGACAACGGUGACAACAGUGUUAACAGUGACAACAGUGACAACGGUCAAACCAGUGACAACAGUGACAACAGUGACAACAGUGGCAACAGUGAAAGACGGUGACAAGGUGACAACGGUGGCAACGGUAACAACGGUGACAACAGUAACAACGGUGACAACGGUGAUCGGUGACAAUGGUGACAACGGUGACAAGGGUGACAAUGGUGACAAGAGUGACAACAGUGACAACAUUGAAAAGUGUGACAACGGUGACAAUGGUGACAAGGGUAAAAACAGUGACAACGGUGACAUUGGUGAAAACGGUAACAACAGUGACCAAAGUGACAACAGUGACAGCGGCAAAACCAGUGACAACAAUGACAACACCGACAACACUGACACCGGUGAUAACGGUGACAACGGUGACAAUGGUGAGAACAGUAACAACAGUGACAACCGUGACAAUGGUAAAAACAGAGACAACAGUGACAAAGGUGAAAACAGUGACAACAGUGACAACUGUAACAACGGUGGCAAAGGUGACAACGGUGACAACAGUGACAACAGUGACAACACUGACAACAGUGACAACGGUGAUAACAGUGACAACAGUGAAAACAGUGACAACAGCCACAACAGUGAGAACAGUGACAAGACCGACAACACUGACAACGGUGGCAUUGGUGACAACAGUGACAAAAGUGAGAACAGUGACAACAGUGAUAACGGUAACAACAUUGACAACAGUGACAACGGUGACAACGGUGAGAACGGUAAAAACAGUGACAACAUUGACAACGCUAACAACGGUGACAAUAGUGACAACAGUGACAAAGGUGACAACAGUCACAAUGGUGAAGCCAGUAACAACGGUGACAACGGUGACAACGGUGACAAGUGUGACAAAAGUGACAACGGUGACAACAGUGACAACGGUGACAACAGUAACCAUGGUGACAACAGUGACAACGGUGAAAACAGUGACAAAAGUGACAAUGGUGACAACAGUGACAACUGUGACAACGGUGACAACAGUGACAACUGUGACAAUGGUGGCAACCGUGACAACAGUCACAACGGUGACAACAGUGGCAACGGUUACAACAGUGACAACGGUGACAACAGUGAAAACAAUGAUAACAACGACAACACUGACAACGGUGAUCACUAAGACAACGGUGAAAGCGGUGACAACAGUAACAACAGUGACAACAGUGACAACAAUAAAAACAGUGACAAAAGUGACAAAUUUCACAACGGAGACAACAGUGACAACAGUGACAACUGUGACAAUGGUGGCAACCUUGACAACGGUGACAAUAGUGACAACGAUGACUACGGUGACAACGAUAAAAAAAGUGACCACAUUGACAACUGUAACAACGGUGGCAACGGUGACAACGGUGACAACAGUGACAAAAGUGACAACACUGACAACAGUGAAAACACUGAAAACGUUGACAACGGUGACAACGGUGACAACAGUGAAAAUAGUUAAAACAGUGACAUUGGUGACAACAGUGACAACAGUGACAACACUUACAACACUGACAACGGUGGCAUUCGUGACAACAGUGACAAAAGUGAGAACAGUGACAACAGUGACAACGAUGACAACGCUAAGAACAGUGAAAACAGUGACAACGGCGACACCGGUGACAACGGUGACAACAGUGACAACGGUGACAACGGUAACAACAGUAUUAACGGUGACAACGGUGACAACGGUGACAACAGUGACUACCGUGACAACAGUGACAGCUGUGACAACGGUGACACUGACAACGGUGACAAUAGUGACAACGGUGACAACAGUGUCAACAGUGAAAACAUCGACAACAUUGACGAGUGUGACAACGGUGAAAACAGUGAAAAGGUUAAAAACAGUAACAACAGUGACAACAGUGGCAACACUGACAACGGUGACAUCGGUGAAAACGAUAACAACAGUGACUAAAUUGACAACAGUGACAACAGUGACAACAGUGACAACGGUGACAACAGUGACAACAAUGACAACACCGACAACACUGACAACGGUGAUAACGGUGACAGUGGUGACAACAGUAACGACUGUGACAACGAUGACAACUGGGACAACAGUGACAACAGUGGCAACGGUGACAACGGUGACAACAGUGACAACACUGACAACACUGACAACGGUGACAACACUGAAAACGUUGACAAUGGUGAGAACGGUGACAACAGUGACAACAGUGACAGCGGUGACAACAGUGACAAAACCGACAACACUGAGAACGGUGAGAACGGUGACAGCAGUGAGAAAAGAAAGAACAGUGACAACGGUGAUAACGGUAACAACAGUGACAACAGUGACAACGGUGACAACAGUGACAAUGGUGACAAGGGUGACAACAGUAAAGACAGUGACAACAUUGACAACACUAACAACUGUGAAAAUGGUGACAACGGUGACAACAGUGGCACAAGUGUCAACAGUGACAACGGUGACAACAGUAACAAUGGUGACAAGAGUGACAACGGUGACAACGGUGACAAGGGUGACAACAGUGACAAAAUUGACAACGGUGACAACGGUCACAACGGUGAAAACGGUAACAACAGUAACAACAGUGACAACGGGGACAACGGUGACAACAGUGACAACAGUGACAACAGUGACACCUGUGACAACGGUGACAACAGUGACAACUGUGACAACGGUGGCACGUGUGACAACAGUGACAACGGCCACAACUGUGCCAGCGGUGACAACUGUGUAAACUGUUACAACGAUGACAACAGUCACAACACCGACAACACUAACAAAGGUGACAACGGUGACAAUAGAGACAACGGUGACAACAGUGUCAACAGUGAAAACAUCGACAACAUUGACAAGUGUGACAACGGUGACAGGGGUAAAAACAGUAACAACAGUGACAACAGUGGCAACACUGACAACGGUGACAUCGGUGAAAACAAUAACAACAGUGACUAAAUUGACAACAGUGACAACAGUGACAACGGUGACAACAGUGAUAAAAUGACAACACCGACAACACUGACAACGGUGAUAACGGUGACAAUGGUGAGAACAGUAACAACAGUGACAACAGUGACAAAGGUGACAACAGUGACAACUGUAACAACGGUGGCAACGGUGACAACGGUGAUAACACUGACAAAAGUGACAACACUGACAACAGUGACAACACUGAAAACGUUGACAACGGUGACAACGCUGACAACAGUGAAAAUAGUUCAAACAGUGACAUUGGUGACAACAGUGACAACAGUGACAACACCGACAACACUGAGAACGGUGGCAUUGGUGACAACAGUGACAAAAGUGAGAACAGUGACAACAGUGAUCACGGUAACAACAGUGACAACAGUGACAACGGUGAGAACGGUAAAAACAGUGACAACAUUGACGACGCUAACAACGAUGACAAUAGUGACAACGGUAAAACGGUGGCAAAAGUUUCAACAGUGACAACGGUGACAACAGUAACAACGGUUACAACGGUGACAACAGUGACAACGGUGACAACGGUGACAACGGUGACAAUGGUGACAACAAUGGCAAAAGUGACGACGGUGACAACGGUGACAACGGUGACAACAGUAACAACAGUGACAACAGUCACAACGGUGAAAACAGUGACAAAAGUGACAAUGGUGACAACAGUGACAACUGUGACAACGGUGACAACGGUGACAACGGUGACAACAGUGACAACUGUGACAACAGUGGCAACCGUCACAACAGUGACUACGGUGGCAACAGUGGCAACGGUUACAACAGUGACAACGGUGACAGCAGUGACAACAGUGACAACAAUGAAAACACCGACAACACUGACAACGGUGAUCACGAAGACAACGGUGAAAGCGGUGACAACAGUGACAACAGUGAGAGAUGUGACAACGGUGACAACGGUGACAACAGUGACAACAGUGACAGCAGUGACAACAAUAAAAACAGUGACAAAAGUGACAAUGGUGACAACAGUGACAAAAGUGACAAGUGUGACAACGGGGACAACAGUGACAACAGUGACAACUGUGACAAUGGUGGCAACCGUGACAACGGUGACAACGGUAAAAAAAGUGUCAAGAGUGACAACAGUGAAAACGGUGACAAUAGUAACAACGGUGACAAUGGUGGCAACAGUGUCAACAGUGACAACGGUGACAACAGUGACAACGGUAACAACGGUUACAACAAUAAGAACAGUAACAACAGUGACAACAGUUACAAUGGUCACAACGGUGACAACGGUAACAACAGUGAAAACAGUGACAACGGUAAAACCAGUGACAACGGUGACAACAGUGACAACACCGACAUCUCUGACAACGGUAACACCACUGACAACAUUGACAACGGUGACAUCAUUGACAACACUGACAACGGUGACAGCAGUGACAACAGUGACAACCGUGACAACAGUGACAACAGUGACAACAGUGACAACGGUGACCACAGUGACAACGGUGACAACAGUUUCAACAGUGAAGACGGAAAAAAAGUGACAACAGUGACAACGUUGAGAACAGUCACAACAGUGACCACACCGACAACACUAACAACGGUGACAACAGUGACAAUGGUGCCAACAGUGACAACAGUGACAACAGUGACAACGGUGACAACGGUGAGAACAGUGACAACAGUGACAACGGUUACAACGGUGACAACGGUGACAACGGUAACACCACUGACAACAGUGACAACGGUGACAACAGUGACAACAGUGACAACACUGACAACGGUGACAGCAGUGACAAGAGUGACAACAGUGACAACAGUGACAACGGUGACCUCAGGGACAACGGUGACAACAGUUUCAACAGUGAAGACGGAAAAAAAAGGGACAACAGUCACAACAGUGACCACACCGACAACACUAACAACGGUGACAACAGUGACAAUGGUGCCAACAGUGACAACAGUGACAACAGUGACAACGGUGACAACGGUGAGAACAGUGACAACGGUGACAACGUUGACAACGGUGACAACGGUGACAACGGUGACAACAGUGACAACAGUUACGAAGAUAACAAUGGUGUCAAAAGGGACAACUUUGACACCGGUGACAACGGUAACAAUGGAAAAAACAGUGACAACAGUAAAAACGUUGCCAACAGUCACAACAGUCCCAACACCAACAACACCGACAACACUAACAACGGUGACAAAGUUGACAAUAGUGAAAACGGUGACAAUGGUGACAACAGUGUUAACAGUGACAACAGUGACAACGGUCAAACCAGUGACAACAGUGAAAACAGUGACAACAGUGACAACCGUGAAAGACGGUGACAAGGUGACAAAGGUGGCAACGGUAACAACAGUGACAACAGUAACAACGGUGACAACGGUGAACGGUGACAAUGGUGACAACUGUGACAAAGGUAACAACAUUGACAACGGUGACAAGGGUGACAAUGGUGACACCAGUGACAACAGUGACAACAUUGAAAAGUGUGAUAACGGUGACAAUGGUGACAAGGGUAAAAACAGUGACAACAGUGACAACACUGACAACGGUGACAUCGGUGAAAACGGUAAUAACAGUGACAAAAGUGACAACGGUGACAACGUUUACAACAAUAACAACGGUAACAACAGUGACAACAGUGACAAAGGUGACAAUGGUGACAACACUGACAACAGUUACAACAGUUACAAUGGUCACAACGAUUACAACGGUAACAACAGUGAAAACAGUGACAACAGUGAGAACUGUAACAACGGUGGCAAAGGUGACAACGGUGACAACAGUGACAAAAGUGAAAACAGUGACAACAGUGACAACAGUGACAACACCGACAACACUGACAACGGUGGCAUUGGUGACAACAGUGACAAAAGUGAGAACAGUGACAACAGUGAUAACGGUAACAACAGUGACAACAGUGACAACGGUGACAACAGUGACAACGGUGUCAAAAGUGAAAACGGUAAAAACAGUGACAACAUUGACAACGCUAACAACGGUGACAAUAGUGACAACGGUGAAACGGUGGCAAAAGUGUCAACAGUGACAACGGUGACAACAGUCACAAUGGUGACAACAGUAACAACGGUGACAACGGUGACAACGGUGACAACGGUGACAACAGUGAUAAAAGUGACAACGGUGACAACGGUGACAACAGUAACAACAGUGACGACGGUGAAAACAGUGACAAAAGUGACAAUGGUGACAACAGUGACAACAGUGACAACUGUGACAAGGGUGACAACAGUGACAACUGUGACAAUGGUGGCAACCGUGACAACAGUCACAACGGUUACAACAGUGACAACGGUGACAACAGUUAAAACAAUGACAACACCGACAAAGGUGAAAGAGGUGACAACAGUAACAACAGUGACAACAGUGACAAAAGUGACAAUGGUGAAAACAGUGACAAAAGUGACAAAUUAGACAACGGGGACAACAGUGACAACAGUGACAACUGUGACAAUGGUGGCAACCGUGACAACGGUGACAAUAGUGACAACGAUGACUACGGUGACAACGGUAAAAAGAGUGACCAAUGUGACAACAGUAAAAACGGUGACAAUAGUAACAACGGUGACAACGGAGGCAACAGUGUCAACAGUGACAACGGUGACAACAGUGACAACCGUGACAACAGGGACAACAGUGACAAAAGUGACAACAGUGACAACGGUUACAACAAUAACAACGGUAACAACAGUGACAACAGUGACAAAGGUGACAAUGGUGACAACACUGACAACAGUUACAACAGUUACAAUGGUCACAACGGUGACAACGGUAACAACAGUGAAAACAGUGACAACGGUGACACCAGUGACAAGGGUGACACCAGUGACAACACUGACAACACUGACAACGGUGACAACGGUGAGAACGGUAACACCACUGACAACAGUGACAACACUGACAACGGUGACAGCAGUGACAACAGUGACAACAGUGAAUACAGUGACAACAGUGACAAUGGUAACAACAGUGACAACAGUGACAACGGUGACCACAUUAACAACGGUGACAACAGUGACAACAGUGAAGACGGAAAAAACAGUGACAACAGUCAAACGGUGACAACAGUGACAACAGUGACAACACCCACAACACUAAUACCGGGGACAACAGUGACAAUGGUGCCAACAGUGACAACAGUGACAACGGUGACAACGGUCAGAACAGUGACAACAGUGACAACGGUGACAACGGUGACCACGAUCACAACAGUGACAACGGUGACAACGGUAACAACAGUGACAACAGUGACGAAGAUGACAAUGGUGACAAAAGUGACAACUUUGACAACGGUGACAAUGGAAAAAACAGUGACAACAGUGAAAACGUUGGCAACAGUCACAACAGUCCCAACACCGACAACACCGACAACAUUAACAACGGUGACAAGGCUGACAAUAGUGACAACGGUGACAACAGUGUUAACAGUGACAACAGUGACAACGGUCAAACCAGUGACAACAGUGACAACAGUGACGACGCUGGCAACGGUAACAACAGUGACAACAGUAACAACGGUGACAACGGUGAUCGGUGACAAUGGUGACAACGGUAACAAAGGUAAGAACGGUGAGAACGGUGACAAGGGUGACAAUGGUGACAAGAGUGAAAACAGUGACAACAUUGAAAAGUGUGACAACGGUGACAAUGGUGACAAGGGUAAAAACAGUGACAAAAGGGACAACAGUGACAACAGUGACAACGGUAACAACAGUGACAACAAUGACAACACCGACAACACUGUCAACGGUGAUAACGGUGACAACGGUGACAACAAUAACAACAGUGACAACAGAGACAACGGUUAAAACAGUGUCAAAAGUGACAAUGGUGACAACAGUGACAAGUGACAACUAUGACAACGGUGACAACAGUGUCAACAGUGACAACGGUGUCAACAGUGAAAACGGUGACAACAGUGACAAUGGUGACAACGGUGACAACAGUGACAAAAGUGACAACGGUGACAAUGGUGACAACGAUAACAACGGUAACAACAGUGAUAGUGAAAAAGGAGACAAUGGUGACAACAGUGACAGCAGGGACAACAGUGACAAUGGUGAGAACGGUGACGACGGUAACAACAGUGAAAGCAGUGACAACGGUGACAACAGUGACAAUGGUGACAACAGUGACAACUGUGACAACUGUGACAACGAUGACCAACGGUGACAACAGUGACAACAGUGACAACUGUAACAACGGUGGCAACCGUGACAACAGUGACAACGGUGACAAAUGUGACAUGAGUGACAACAAUGACAACAGCGACUACACUGACAACGGUGACAGCAGUGAAAACGCUAACAACAGUGACAAAAGUGACAACAAUGAAAACAGUGACAAAAGUGAAAAUGGUGACAACAGUGACAACAGUGACAACUGUGACAACUGUGGCGACGGUGACAACGGUGGCAACCAUGAUAACGGUGACAACAGUGACAUCAGAGACAACAGUGACAGUGGUGAAAACAGUGACAAAAGUGACAAUGGUGACAACAGUGACAUCAGUGACAACAUUGACAACAGUGACAACUGUGACAACAGUGGCAACCGUGACAACAGUGAGAAUGGUGACAACACUGGCAACAGUUACAACAGUGACAACGGUGACAACAGUGACAACAGUGAGAACAAUGACAACACCGACAACACUGACAACGGUGAUCACGAAGACAACGGUUAAAGCGGUGACAACAGUAACAACAGUGACAACAGUGACAACAAUAAAAACAGAGACAAAAGUGACAAUGGUGACAACAGUGACAAAAGUGACAAGUGAGACAACGGGGACAACAGUGACAACAAUGACAACUGUGACAUUGAUGGCAACCGCAACAAUGGUGACAACGGUAAAAAAAGUGACAACAGUGACAACAGUAACAACGGUGACAAUAGUAACAACGGUGACAACAGUGUCAACAGUGACAACAGUGACAACGGUGACAACAGGGACAACAGUGACAAAAGUGACAACGGUAACAGCGGUUACAACAAUAAGAACGCUAACAACAGUGACAACAGUUACAAUGGUCACAACAGUGACAACGGUAACAACAGUGAAAACAGUGACGACGGUGACACCAGUGACAAUGGUGACAACAGUGACAACGGUGACAACGGUGACAACAGUGACAACGUGACAACAAUGAGAACAGUGACAAAAUUGACAACGGUGACAACGGUGACAAUGGUAACAACAGUAACCACAGUGAAAACGGUGACAACGGUGACAACGGUGACAACAGUGACAACAAUGACAACAGUGACAGAUGUUACAACGGGGACAACGGUGACAACAGUGACAACAGUGACAACUGUGACAACGGUGGCACGUGUGACAACAGUGACAACGGUCACAACAGUGAUAACGGUGACAACUGUGUAAACUGUUACAACGGUGACAACAGUCACAACAGUCACAACACCGACAACACUAACAACGGUGACAACGGUGACAAUAGUGGCAAUAGUGACAGUGACGACGGUGACACCAGUGACAAUGGUGACAACAGUGACAACGGUGACAACGGUGACAACGGUGACAACGGUGACAACAGUGACAAUUGACAACGGUGACAACGGUGACAACGGUGAUAACGGUGACAAUGGUGACAACAGUGACAAAAGUGACAACGGUGACAACGGUGAAAACAGUAACAACAGUGACAAACGUGACAACGGUGAAAACAGUGACAAAAGUGACAAUGGUGACAACAGUGACAACAGUGACAACUGUGACAACGGUGACAACGGUGACAACAGUGACAACAUUGACAAUAGUGACAACUGUGACAACAGUGGCAACCGUGACAACAGUGAGAACGGUGACAAAUGUGGCAACGGUGACAACAGUGAAAACACUGACAACAGUGACAACAAUGAAAACACCGACAACACUGACAACGGUGAUCACGAAGACAACGGUAAAAGCGGUGACAACAAUAACAACAGUGAAAACAGUGACAACAAUAAAAACAGAGACAAAAGUGACAAUGGUGACAACAGUGGAAAAAGUGACAAGUGUGACAACGGGGACAACAGUGACAACAAUCACAACUGUGACAAUGGUGGCAACCGUGACAAUGGUGACAACGGUAAAAAAAAGUGACAACAGUGACAACAGUAACAACGGUGACAAUAGUAACAAGGGUGACAAUGGUGGCAACAGUUCAACAGUGACAACAGUGACAACAGUGACAACGGUGACAACAGGGACAACAGUGACAAAAGUGUCAACGGUGACAGCGGUUACAACAUUGAGAACGGUAACAACAGUUACAAUGGUCACAACGGUGACAACAGUAACAACAGUGAAAACAGUGACGACGGUGACACCAGUGACAAUGGUGACAACAGUGACAACGGUGACAACGGUGACAACGGUGACAACAGUGGCAACCGUGACAACAGUGACAACGGUGACAACAGUGGCAACGCUCACAACAGUGACAACGGUGACAACAGUGACAACAGUGACAACAAUGACAACACCGACAACACUGACAACGGUGAUCACGAAGACAACGGUGAAAGCGGUGACAACAGUAACAACAGUGACAACAGUGACAACAAUAAAAACAGUGACAAAAGUGACAACAGUGACAAAAGUGACAAAAGUGACAAGUGUGACAACGGGGACAACAGUGACAACAGUGACAACUGUGACAAUGGUGGCAACCGUGACAACGGUAAAAAAAGUGACAACAGUGACAACAGUAACAACGGUGACAAUAGUAAAAACGGUGACAAUGGUGGCAACAGUGUCAACAGUGACAACGGUGACAACAGUGACAACGGUGACAACAGGGACAACAGUGACAACAGUGACAACGGUGAAAACGCUGACAAAAGUGACAAUGGUGACAACAGUGACAACAGUGACAACAGUGACAACUGUGACAACAGUGACAACGGUGACAACGAUGACAACGGUGACAAUGGUGACAACAGUGACAAAAGUGACAACGGUGACAACAGUGACAACGGUGACAACAGUAACAACAGUGACAACAGUGACAGCGGUGAAAACAGUGACAAAAGUGACAACGGUGACAACAGUGACAACAGUGACAACAGUGACAACUGUGACAACAGUGGCAACCGUGACAACAGUGACAACGGUGACAACAGUGGCAACGCUUACAACAGUGACAACGGUGACAACAGUGACAACAGUGACAACAAUGACAACACCGACAACACUGACAACAGUGAUCACGAAGACAACGGUGAAAGCGGUGACAACAGUAACAACAGUGACAACAGUGACAACAAUAAAAACAGUGACAAAAGUGACAAUGGUGACAACAGUGACAAAAGUGACAAGUGUGACAACGGGGACAACAGUGACAACAGUGACAACUGUGACAAUGGUGGCAACCGUGACAACGGUGACAACGGUAAAAAAAGUGACAACAGUGACAACAGUAACAACGGUGAAAAUAGUAACAACGGUGACAAUGGUGGCAACAGUGUCAACAGUGACAACGAUGACAAAAGUGACAACGGUGACAACGGUUACAACAAUAAGAACGGUAACAACAGUGACAACAGUUAAAAUGGUCACAACGGUGACAACGGUAACAACAGUGACAACACCGACAACUCUGACAACAGUAACACCACUGACAACAGUGACAACGGUGACAUCAGUGACAACACUGACAACGGUGACAGCAGUGACAACAGUGACAACAGUGACAACAGUGACAACAGUGACAACAGUAAUAACAGUGACAAC